GUGUGUGCGGAGUGACACGUUUUCUCGCAGAGUUGAGCUUUGGGCUAAGUUUUGUUGCUGCUGCUGCUGCUGUCAGGAAACACGUCUAGCAUCUCUCUCAGUGGACAUUUAACAGAUACAGCCCUGUUUUUGUCUCAGAGUUUAAAAUGGCCGUGACCCUCGGGAGCAGCUGAUUCACCGGGAUCUGCCCUGAGCGCAGGAGAUGAGACAGACGCACCAUGAGCAUCCGGAGCAUAGGGGGCGCUCUUGGGGAGUCUGUGGGCUCUAGUCUGUCUGUGCGCAUGAGCAGCUGGAGCAGGCCUGUGUCCUCUGGGAGACUCUCCUCUCUGCUGCAAAACAUGGUCCCCACAGGUUACACCAAGCUUCUGCAGGAGGACCGUCUGGCCAUGGUGGACCUCGGAGCCAAACCAGACUCGUCCCUGAUCCAGAACGGUUUCAGGCAGGAGACCACGCACCUGGAGGGCAGAAGGAUCACAGAGCGCGCCUCCCGUUCCUCUCUGAGCUUAUCCGACUGUGGAGAUGUGUCAUACUCGGAGACGGACCCCAUGCUGUCUGAGCGGAGACUGUCUGGAGAGGAGGACGAGGCCGAGGAGCAGACCGAGGAGCAGGCAGGAGGAGGAGGAGGGGGCCUGGGGUCGGCUCUGCCCAAAGAGUCCCCUCUGGCCAUGGCUCUUCAGAUCCUGGUGCCAUUUCUGUUGGCCGGGUUUGGCACCGUGUCUGCUGGGAUGGUCCUGGACAUCGUACAGCACUGGGAGGCGUUCCAGUACAUCACAGAGAUCUUCAUCCUGGUCCCGGCUCUGCUCGGUCUCAAAGGGAACCUGGAGAUGACACUGGCCUCCAGACUGUCCACAGCAGUGAAUGUGGGAAAGAUGGACUCCCCCAUAGAGAAGUGGAACCUGAUCAUUGGGAACCUGGCUCUGAAGCAGGUUCAGGCCACAGUGGUGGGGUUUCUUGCUGCUGUAGCUGCUGUGGUCCUGGGUUGGAUUCCCGAGGGGAAGUUCCAGAUGAGCCACGCGGUUCUGCUCUGCUCCAGCAGCGUGGCCACGGCCUUCAUCGCCUCUCUGCUGCAAGGUAUCAUUAUGGUCGGUGUGAUUGUGGGCUCCAAAAAGACUGGGAUCAACCCGGAUAACGUGGCCACGCCCAUCGCCGCCAGCUUCGGUGACCUCAUCACUCUCGCCAUCCUGGCCUGGAUCAGCCAAGGCCUCUACAAGUGCCUCGAUCCGUAUCCGUACGUAUCUUCUCUGGUCUGUGCCUUCUUCAUGAGCCUGACUCCGCUCUGGAUCGUGGUCUCCUCCAAACACCCGGCCUCCCGCACGCUGCUCUACUCAGGCUGGGAGCCCGUCAUCACCGCCAUGGUCAUCAGCAGCAUUGGAGGACUCAUUCUGGACAAAACCGUCUCUGACCCCAAUCUGGCCGGAAUCGUGGUGUACACCCCGGUCAUCAACGGGAUCGGAGGAAACCUGGUGGCCAUCCAGUCCAGCCGCUUCUCCACACACCUGCACUUUCACUGUGCACCAGGAGAGGUCCCCGACGAGGCCAAGGGCUGCUACUACCCCUGCCGCACCUUCUUCGGCACAGGAGCAAACCACCGCUCUGCUCAGGUGCUCCUCCUGCUGGUCAUCCCGGGGCACCUCAUCUUCCUCUACACCAUUCACCUGAUGAAGAGCGGACACACCACCCUGACCCCCAUCUUCAUGUCCGUGUACCUGGCAGCUGCUCUGCUGCAGGUGCUGUUGUUGUUGUGUAUCUCAGACUGGAUGGUUCACUCCAUGUGGCGCAGCGGUAAAGACCCGGACAGUUUUUCCAUCCCGUACCUGACGGCUCUGGGGGACCUGCUGGGCACCGCUCUGCUCGCGCUCAGCUUCCACUUCCUCUGGCUCAUCGGGGACCAGGACAGCGACGUGGGCGACUAACCCACAAAAUACCCCCCAAAAAAAAACACGGACACAUGCAGUCUGACCCAGGAGCUGUCAAAUGUAUCAAAAAUCAGACACUCAUCGAUACUUAAACUAGUAUCGAAACUAUAUCCUCAUUUAUCGCAGGUAUCGAUACUAAAAAAGUCCAGUUUGCAGGAGAGAAAUGAACCUUUCCUGAAUUCAAUGAGAUUCUGGGUGGUAUCAGAAGAAUUAUAAGAGCACAGACUAGAAUACGCCCAUGGACCUGGUUUAGUCCUGGUUUAGACCUGGUUUAGACCUGGACCACUGAGGGAUUACACACAUAUAAAGACACAUGGGAACAGAAGAGAAAGUGCCACCAUUUAAUGUGGACAUUGUAUUAUCUAAAGAAAGAGACUUUUUUUUAUUAUCUUCGUGGUGUCGGAAUCGGGUUUGAAAUCGGGUUUAUUAUCCUGACAAAAUCCUGGGAGUUUACUUGCAGUUUUCCAGAUCAGAGUCACGUGUGACCAGAGACUGAACUGAGAAACCUGCAUUUUUUGAUGUGGGAAUUUGCAGGGAAGGCUGUUGUGUGAACGCAGCCACAACAUUCCAGAAUCCGUAGAAUUUAAACAGAGCUGGAGUCCGGUCAGGAUUCUGUGAUGGAAUUUUCUGUGUAACUGUCACAUUGCAGAUUUGUUGAGCUGGUUUAUGUUUAAAGGUUCUAUAUCACACAAAAGUGACUCUUAUGAGCUUUAAGUCAUGUUCUAAUGUUGUUCCCUCGUCAAAAACACACCUGGAGUUGUGUUUGUUUCAUUCACAUGUUUGAGUAACUCUUUAUUAUUUAUUUAUUAAUUUGUUUACAUCUCCAAUGCUUAAAACGCUCUGUUCCACCUUGUGAUGUCAUGAAGCGGUAGUUUUCAAAUGAACAGCUCCUUUUACCUUUAGACUACAUUUACACUGAAGUGGAUCUACAAAUGACUUUAUCACCAUAUCACCAUAUCGGAAACGAUCUGCAUCCAGACUAGGGUUGGGCAUGAUUAGUCAAUUAAUCGAUAAUUGAUCAUUAAGAAUUUCAUCGAUUACGUUCAUUUUAAUCGACAAACCAAACGUAGGUCGCUGUGUGUAGCGUAGGGAGACCAAAUGUCCAUGUCCAGGGACAAACAGGGGUCCAUACAUGUGUCUCUGCAUCAGAAGGAGCGAGACACAAACAGUGGGUCAGUCUGUAACGAACCGAAGCACAAAUGUGGAUUUAACGAUGAUUUGUACAAGAAAUUCCACACUUUUCGUUCUGGUUGGGACAAGUGUGAGUCCAUGUGCACAGUGUACAAAACAACACAUAUGUUUUGGUGUUCAGUGGGAAAAAGCUCACCAGGACACCGAAAACAUGAAAAAGUUUUGCCAGGUGAGAGUCGCUCAAUGUGGAUGACGAGGCCCCGCCCCCCUCCCCCCGUACGCUGUCCUGGUUUUGACAAACACAAAUCUGGUCACACUGACCUGUAUUCACCUGAGUCAUGUCUUUUAAUCUGACAGAAGUUGAACCACAUCAGCGACACAAGAGCUGGAGUUUUAUCUUCACUUAGUUUAUGCAAAUUAGUGAUGUGGUUUUAAGUUUCGUUUCUGUGAGAUUUGAACAAAACUGAAUUAAACACAUUAUAAUAAACGGGCUGAUGUGGCUCUAGAGUCGUUACGGUUUAAAUGUCGUAAAGUUGAAUUUAUUUAUGCAGAUUAGUAGUGCAGAUAGUAAUAAUAAUGAUCAUUUUAAUAUAAAAAUGUUAAUGAUUAAUUGAUAAUUGAUUGUUAAUUCUCCCGACGAUCGAUUAAGAAAAUUUAAUCAAAUGCCCAUCUCUAGUCCAGACACGUUGUUUCUGUGUCCGCAAGUCUUCCUUAUCCACACAAGUUUGAGCAUAUUUGUUUUUACGUUUUACAAAACUUAAAACCGAAUGGCAGCUGCUCUUGUGCGCUGAUGUGGUUCAGUUUGUGUUGGACUAAAGGACACGACUCAGUGGAAUAUGAGUGUUCUCUCUGUGACAGAGGGGUGUUCUGCUGAUGGUGAGUCUGUUCUGUGUUUCUGUCGUGUUGGAGAUGGUUCAUGUGAAACUUUUCAGAGAUUAUACGUGUGCAGGUCGUACACACAGACACACGUUUAUAUGAAUGGACAGAUAUAUUCUAACGUCUUAAUGUUUUGGCGGUGAAUUACUUUGUCCUACAUCAGAGUAUCAGUGUUUUCAGGCGUCCACACAGUGCUGGAUCAGAUCUGUACUCAGAUGAAUUCGUGGGAGCUGACGGUAUCAGAUCGUUUCGUCUCUGGAGCCGUUUUCCAUCGGAUUAGUGUGAACGAACACUGCAUCCACAACCAAACCGACUCGAAAAGUUCUAGUGUGGACGGGGCCUUAGUUCAGUAGAGAUCGGCAAGUCCAGGACUGAAACGAUCCAAAUGAUUCUACUGAAGGCGUGUGGAGUUUAAAAGCACUUCCUGGAGCACUUCCUGUAUCACCACAUGACAUCACAAGCUGGAACAGAGUUAUUUCUGUUUAAAGGGAAGAAUUCUAUGUGUGUUAAACAUGUGUGAAUGAAACCAAACACAACUGCAGGUGUGUUUGUGUUGAGGAAACUGCAGCAGAACAGACCAGAGAACAGUGUGAUAUGAGACCUUUAAUAUCUCUGUCAUUUCUGGACCUAUCCACAUGAAACAAAAACUGGCAAAAACAUAAACAUCUGCAAAAUAACUUCAAACUCUCUAUAAAAAUCACUUCUCAAUAUUUAGUCUUAUGAUUUGAUCUGAAACGUGCCUGUAUGUUUUGGUCAAAGUGCAACAGACUGAGCAUCAUAUCGUUUUUCUGCCAAAUUGUUAUUGUUAUUAUUAUGUUAUUGUAUUUUCAUAUCUUUCAUAAACUGUCUCUAAACA